CUGAUGUUUGAGCCAGCAUGUCGCGGAGGAAGCAAGCAAAGCCUCAACAUUUCCAAUCCGACCCCGAAGUGGCCUCGCUCCCCCGGCGAGAUGGACACGCGGAGAAGGGACAGCCCCAUCGCCCCGCCAAGAGCAAGGACGCCCACGUGUGCGGCCGGUGCUGCGCCGAGUUCUUCGAGCUGUCGGACCUCCUGCUCCACAAGAAGAGCUGCUCCAAGAACCAACUCGUGUUAAUCGUCACGGAGAGCCCCGCCUCCCCGCCCGACACCUUCUCCCCCAGCCCCCCUCCCGAGAAUCCCGGGGAACACGUGAAUGACACGUCUAGCAAAGCCGAUCGAGGGGACGGCGGCGAGCUCCCGGGACCCCGCGGGCCGGACGGGGACGGGUCCAUGGAGGUGGAGGCCCCGGGGGCCGACAAGGGUGGCGGCGGCCCAGCCGGUGGCGGCGGCCACGCCGGCGCCAGCCCCGGCGGCUCCGGCGGCUCCUCCACGGGUACCUCAGCGAUCACAACCUCUCUACCUCAACCCGGGGACCUGGCGGCGCUGGGCGGCUUCUCCGUCAUCAACAGCAACGUCAUCAUCGAGAACCUGCAGGGCACCAAGGUGGCCGUGGCCCAGUUCUCCCAGGAGGCGCGGGGCGGGGGCGCGGCGGGGGGCAAGCCGGCCGUGCCCGCCCUCAUGGAGCAGCUCCUGGCGCUGCAGCAGCAGCAGAUCCACCAGCUGCAGCUGAUCGAGCAGAUCCGCCACCAGAUCCUGCUGCUGGCCUCGCAGAACGCCGACCCGCCCGCGUCGAGUCCCUCCCAAGGUCCUUUGCGAACAUCUGCCAACCCCUUGUCCACGCUGAGCUCCCAUUUGUCUCAGCAGCUGGCGGCCGCCGCCGGGUUAGCCCAGAGCCUGGCCAGCCAGUCGGCCAGCAUCGGCGGCCUGAAGCAGCUGCCCCCGGCCCAGCUACCUCAGAGCGGCUCUGGCCACACCAUCGUCCCCCCCCACGGCGGCGCUUCUCCCCACGUGAGCAUCUUGGCCACGGCGGCGACCACCCCGUCCUCGGACCGGGCGGCUCCGGGCGCCGGCGCCUCCCAGGCCGGCAGCCCCGCCGUGGUCUCGGCGGCGGCCUCCUCACCAGCUUUCGCAAUAAGCAGCUUGCUCAGCCCUGCGUCCAACCCACUUCUACCUCAGCCGGCCCCCGCCAGCGCGGUGUUCCCCAGCCCUCUGCCCAGCGUGGGCACGACCGCCGAGGACCUGAGCCCCUUGUCGGCCUUGGCCCAGCAGCGGAAGAGCAAGCCGCCCACCGUCGCGGCCUUCGAGGCCAAGAGCGCGUCGGACGAGGCGUUCUUCAAGCACAAGUGCAGGUUCUGCGCCAAGGUCUUCGGCAGCGACAGCGCCCUGCAGAUCCACCUGCGCUCCCACACGGGCGAGCGGCCCUUCAAGUGCAACAUCUGCGGGAACAGGUUCUCCACCAAGGGCAACCUCAAGGUGCACUUCCAGCGCCACAAGGAGAAGUACCCCCACAUCCAGAUGAACCCCUACCCCGUGCCCGAGCACCUGGACAACAUCCCCACCAGCACCGGCAUCCCCUACGGCAUGUCCAUCCCCCCCGAGAAGCCCGUCACCAGCUGGCUGGACACCAAGCCCGUCCUGCCCACCCUCACCACGUCGGUGGGCCUGCCGCUGCCCCCCACCCUCCCCAGCCUCACCCCCUUCAUCAAGACCGAGGAGCCGGCCCCCAUCCCCAUCAGCCGCUCCUCCGCCAGCCCCCCGGGCUCUGUCAAAAGCGACUCCGGGGCCCCCGAGCCCGUCCCGAGAAACCCGGGUGGGCUCCCGGGGGAGGAAGCCGAGGGGUCCACGGUGCCACCCUCCGGUGGCAAAAGCGAAGAGAGCGGCGUGGUCGCCGGCUCCGCCCCAGCGGCGGGCAGCGGCGCCCUGAGCUCCCCGAUGGCGGCGGCGGACAACUGCCCGCCCGGCGCCGCCGCCGCCGCCUUCACCAACCCUCUGCUGCCGCUCAUGUCCGAGCAGUUCAAGGCCAAGUUCCCGUUCGGGGGCCUCUUGGACUCCACGCAGGCCUCGGAGACGUCCAAGCUGCAGCAGCUGGUGGAGAACAUCGACAAGAAGGCCGCGGACCCCAACGAGUGUGUCAUCUGCCACCGGGUGCUGAGCUGCCAGAGCGCGCUGAAGAUGCACUACCGCACGCACACCGGGGAGCGGCCCUUCAAGUGCAAGGUCUGCGGGCGCGCCUUCACCACCAAGGGCAACCUCAAGACCCACUACAGCGUGCACCGCGCCAUGCCCCCGCUGCGCGUGCAGCACUCCUGCCCCAUCUGCCAGAAGAAGUUCACCAACGCCGUGGUCCUGCAGCAGCACAUCCGCAUGCACACGGGCGGCCAGAUCCCCAACACGCCCGUGCCCGACGGCUACCCCGAGUCCAUGGGCUCCGACACCGGCUCCUUCGACGAGAAGAACUUCGACGACGUAGACAACUUCUCCGACGAAAACAUGGACGACUGCCCCGAGGGCAGCAUCCCCGACACGCCCAGGUCGGCGGACGCCUCCCAGGACAGCCUGUCGUCCUCGCCGCUGCCCCUGGAGGUGUCCAGCAUCGCGGCCCUGGAGAACCAGAUGAAGAUGAUCAACGCCGGCCUGGCCGAGCAGCUGCAGGCCAGCCUCAAGGCCAUGGAGAACGGGUCGGUCGAGGGGGACGUCCUGACCAACGACUCGUCCUCCGUGGGGGGCGACGUGGAGAGCCAGAGCGCGGGCAGCCCGGCCAUGUCCGAGUCCACCUCGUCCAUGCAGGCUCUGUCCCCCUCCAGCGGCGCCCAGGACUCCCACAAGUCGCCCGGCGCCGACGAGAAGCCCCCCAGGGCGGGCCCGGGCGAGUUCGCCAACGGCCUGUCUCCCGCCCCCGUGAACGGCGGGGCCCUGGACUUGACCUCGAGCCACGCGGAGAAAAUCAUCAAGGAAGACUCUCUGGGGUUCCUCUUCCCGUUCCGGGACCGGGGGAAGUUUAAGAACACGGCUUGCGACAUUUGCGGCAAAACGUUUGCUUGUCAGAGUGCCUUGGACAUUCACUACCGGAGUCAUACCAAAGAGAGACCCUUCAUUUGCACAGUCUGCAGUCGCGGCUUCUCCACCAAGGGCAACCUGAAGCAGCACAUGCUGACCCACCAGAUGCGGGACCUCCCCUCCCAGCUCUUCGAGCCCAGCCCCAACCUCGGCCCCGGCCAGAGCCCGGCGGCCAUGCCCCCCGCCAACCCCUUGUCGUCGCUCAUCAAAACCGAGGUCAACGGCUUCGUGCACGUCCCUCCUCAGGACAGUAAGGACCCCCCCGCCGGCCACGUCCCCCCCGGGCCCUCCGCCACGUCCCCGGUGCUGCUGCCGGCCCUGCCCCGGAGAACUCCCAAGCAACACUACUGCAACACGUGUGGCAAGACCUUCUCCUCGUCCAGCGCCCUGCAGAUCCACGAGCGGACUCACACCGGGGAGAAGCCCUUCGCGUGUACGAUCUGCGGAAGAGCGUUCACCACAAAAGGCAAUCUGAAGGUCCACAUGGGCACCCACAUGUGGAACAGCACGCCUGCGCGGCGGGGACGGCGGCUCUCCGUGGACGGCCCCAUGGCGUUCCUCGGAGGCAAUCCCGUCAAGUUCCCCGACAUGUUCCAGAAGGACCUGGCGGCCCGGUCGGGCAGCGGCGAUCCGUCCGGUUUCUGGAACCAGUACGCGGCGGCGCUCUCCAACGGGCUGGCCAUGAAGGCCAACGAGAUCUCCGUCAUCCAGAACGGCGGCGUCCCUCCGGUCCCCGGCAGCCUGGGCAGCGGGAGCAGCUCGCCCAUCAGCGGGCUGACGGGCAACCUGGAGAAGCUCCCCAGCUCCGAGCCCAGCGCGCCCCUGGCCGGCCUGGAGAAGAUGGCCAGCAGCGAGAACGCCGCCGCCAGCUUCCGCCUCACCCGCUUCCUGGAGGACAGCAAGGAAAUCGUCACCAGUUAAAGCGCCGCCGCCGGCUGGAGGCCCCAGCCUGCCCGCUCACGCCUCCUCCUCGCCCCCUGGCCCCCCCCUCUCCCCUCGGGUCCCCCCCCCCCCAGACCGCUGAACUACUUCCCCUUGACGAAGACAUUCUUUUGUACCUUGUUCCACUUCUAGAGUUCUCAGAAAGCUUAUUUAUUAGUGAUAUAACCUGGCUCUGCAGACAGAAUGCAAGCGUUAACUUUGGUCUUCUGUAUUUGGGACUACAUACUAAUUGACUAGAGUGCUGUAAACUCGCUGUAACAUUUAUGGCCAUUGCAAAGUUGCCCUGCUCGGCGGUCUUAAUCUGGCAUUAACUUAUUUUCUAUAUCCAGUUUAAUACGAAUCCGGUGUGGGCGCCAUGCCCCCGCGAUGCAUUAGAUCUCUAAUAAAGUCUGUAUAUACAUGUACACUUUGAUCCUGCAGGAGCAUUUUCUCAGCAAACGCAUUGUCUCAUCUUCCGAAAAACAGAAUUAAGCAAAAGGACUAAAGACGUACAGACUGAACAGUGUGGUUCUUUGAAAGGUUUGGGGUUGUUUUUUUUUUCGUUUUUUUUUUUUGGUUUAGGGUUUUUGUUUGUUUUGCCUUUUUUAUUUUAAAUUUUUAUCCUAAAAUUCAACCUGUUUUGUUUUUCUUUGGUUGUUUUUUUUUUUUUUUGUAGAUUUAACCAUUUCCGUUCUGAACUGCUCUUGUAUUGUGCUUUUUACUUGAGUCGUCCUCGAUGUCCGUAGGUUUCUGUACAAUAAGGAGCACGCCGAAUUCUCUAGAGAAAAUACAAGUGUUGUUUUGGUAGUGGGGACUGAGACGUAACAUUUUUUUGCCUUGUAGGUAUCUCUUCACCAUAGCAAACGUGUGCUGGAAUUUCCCAAUGCUGCUACGUAUCGCGUCUUGAACAGCCUUCGAUGGAGAAACCGUAGAUGCUCUUGUGAAUACAGUGAGAACUAUCACGUUCAUUAAAAUGUACAUAUGUGUCCUCACGCGAGCAAGUGGCUGCUUCUCGGUCAAGAGCGCCGGCCUCGUGUCGGUUUAUUUUGCGUUCGGUCUGGAAGGAACCGUUGGACUGUUACAUGCACUUUCUUGGAAAGUUGAAAGGAAAGGGGUGGGGGGUCCAAUUUCUUUAACAUUUAAUACGUACUAACAACAGAGAUACUGUAAUUUUACUCGAGUAAUCAAAUACAUUUUUUUUUUUUUUUUUGCAACAGAUCAAACCAAA